AUUGUUAUCAUUAUAUUGAUAACAAUUGUUGGUUCUUAACAUUGAACUUUGAUAUCUAAUUGAAGUGCAAUUUAUAUGUUAAUAGAUCACAAUUAAGUUGAUAUUUGAGUAUAAAAAGCCAAAAGACAAAAUUAAAGUUAAUUGUUGUUAGAAAAGUGAUUGAAAACUAAAUUAAAUCAAAUCAUGGGAAAGUUAAAGAUCCUAUUGUUUGCUAUGGACGGUCAGGGUCAUGUUAAUGCGAUUCUUGGAUUAGCUGGAAUCUUAUCAAAAGCUGGACAUGAGAUAGUCAUCACUUUAUCCAAAGGUUGGGAGCCAUUGAUUAGUUCAAAAGGAUUUCAAUUUGUACCUUUGGACAUGGAACCUGUUGGUGGUCAAGCACCGGAAGAGGAAACAGCGGAAAAGGGCCAAGAUGGGAAGGAAAAGAAAUCACAUUCGGUGAAAACUUUUUUAUUCAUUGAGAAAAUGCUGAAAUCUUUUCGACAUGAUCCAAUCGAGGCUUUGGAAAACUUUGAAAGUGAAAACAAGCAAAUUUAUCUCGAUUGGUCAGACACAAUGUUGGCCUUUGAUCAACCCCUUGAGCGAGUAAUUAACGAUCUUAAACCUGAUAUAAUUAUCGUUGAUUUUCUCAUUAGACUUUCGUGCUUAUUGAAAGGAUCAAUUCCUUGGGUGUCCCUAUGGUCGUGUAGCCCAGUAGCACUUUACAGAGGAUUCUGUCCACCUGAAGGGACAGGAUUCGCACUGGACAGUCCACGAGAGCUAUGGAAUAAGUUUUACUCGUUAUUCGCCGAAAAACUUAAACCAAUUCGCGACAAAGUGAACAACAAAUUAAUCGAAGCAGGAGUUGAACCUUACACCGAAUAUGAGUCGCUCUAUUUGUUCAAAUCUCCGUAUCUUAAUGUCUAUGUUUAUCCCGAAUCUCUUGAUUACACCGAUAUCGCUCCACGUCCAGAUAAGUGUUUCCGUAUGGACGCUGUAAUCCGAGAACCCGAUGAUGCGACUCCUUUUACGUUACCCGAUAAUCUGGUUGAUAAACCGGGUGCCUUGAUUUACUUUUCCCUUGGUUCAAUGGGUUCAGUUGAUUUGGAGUUAAUGAGACGAGUGAUUAGUGUAUUAGCUAAAUCACCUCAUCGAUUUAUCAUCUCCAAAGGUCCUUAUCAUGAUCAAAUUGAUUUACCAGAUAAUUGUUGGGGUGAAAAGUAUGUUAAUCAGAUUGCGAUCUUACCUCAUUGUGAUCUGGUUAUCACCCACGGCGGGAACAACACCCUCACCGAGAGUCUUUACUUUGGUAAGCCGCUAAUUGUGAUGCCACUUUUUUAUGAUCAACUUGAUAAUGCUCAGCGAAUCGUUGAUAAACAAUUAGGAGUCCGUUUAGAUACCUACAGAUUCACUGAUGAUCAAUUGUUAACUGCAAUUGAAAAACUGGUUCAUGAUGAAAAAUUGUAUUCAGAAUUGGAAAAAAUUUCCUUCGCAAUCAAAAAUACAAAAUCAAGGGAACAAAUUGUUGAAUUAAUUGAACAAACAGCAAUUACUAAGAAAAGUCCAGAGUAAUUAAAUUAUUACCAUGAUUCUGAUCAAGUUUAUACAAAAAUUUAUCACAAUCUUUAAUCACAAUUGAUUUUGAUUCUAUUGCUUUUGUCUCUUCACAAUUUAUUAUCAAAUUUAUCAUAAAAAUAAACAUCGUUUUAAUUUA